AUGAUUCGGAGGGCUGCCGGAAAGGUACCGCAUGUUUGCGUUGUGGGAGCUGGUGUAGCUGGUUUACGAUGCGCAGAUGUAUUGCUGCAACACGGCGCGAAAGUGACAAUCUUGGAAGGCCGAGAUCGAGUGGGCGGGCGCCUGUGUCAGAGUAAUGCGUUGGGACACUUAGUUGAUCUGGGCCCUAACUGGAUCCAUGGAACAGACAACAACCCAAUGCUCGAUCUCGCCAAGCAGACAAAUACAGUGACUAUGAAUUGGGAUGGUCGACAGGCUGUCUUCGAUCACCUCGGGAAGCACAUGCCGGAGAACGAUGCAGCAGAAAAUACAGAAGUUGUGUGGACCAUCAUCGAGCAGGCUAUGAAACUAUCGAAUAAAGAGUCUGCAACUAUUCCGGAAAAGAAGAGCUUGUACAACUUCUUUGAAGAACAGGUGGAGGAGAUGUUCCCAUCCGAGACUGAUGGAGCCAACCAUAAGGAAGCGAAGAGGAAACAGCAAACGAUCCUACAGAUGGCCGAGAUGUGGGGCGCAUUCGUCGGAAGCCCGAUUCAGAAACAGAGUCUCAAGUUCUUUUGGCUUGAAGAGUGUAUUGAUGGGGAGAACCUAUUCGUUGCGGAAACCUACUGUAAAGUUCUAGCAAAGAUUGCGGAACCGACGCUCAACUCUGACGUCAGGUUUGGCCACAAGGUUGAGAAGAUUAUCUCGAAUGAAGAGAAUGAAUAUCUCACUGUUCUGGUUGAUAUCGAGGGCAAGGAAAGCGAGACUUUUGACGAGGUGGUGAUGACCGCCCCGCUGGGCUGGCUGAAAAGAAAUAUGGAUGCGUUUGUGCCCGAGCUACCAAAGAGGCUGAAGGAAGGAAUAUCGUCAAUUGGGUAUGGGCAUUUGGAUAAGGUCUACAUCAACUUCCCAACCGCUUACUGGAAUGAGUCUUCCACAGCAAGUGCCACAGCGCCAUCUGCAUCGCAGGACCAAAGUUUACCCAACGUAACAGCGACAAUUGCGCCACUUCAUCAGCCCCUCUCAUCUCAGUCACCAGAAUCUUCUGUCGACUCUUCACACUAUCCAGGCUUUACACACUGGGUCAGACCCAACUACGCUCCCGACACAAACCCACAGCAAUGGAAUCAGGAAGCCGUAAACCUCGCUGCUCUCCCAGGACGAAGCGCUCAUCCAACCCUGCUCUUCUACAUAUAUGGUCCAACAUCGCUGCACAUCGCCAAGCUCCUAGCUUCAACCCCGCCAUCCGAGCACCACGCUCUCUUGACCUCAUUUUUCCGCCCCUACUUCUCCCGUUUACCAAACUACAUUUCGACCAACCCGAGUCAUCAACCCAAAUCCAUCUUGGCAACAGCCUGGGCUAACGAUGAGCUAGCGGGAUAUGGUAGUUAUUGUAAUUUUCAAGUGGGAUUAGAGCGAGGGGAUCAGGACGUUGAGGUUAUGAGGCGGGGACUGCCAGAGAGGGGGCUUUGGUUGGCGGGAGAGCACACGAGUCCUUUUGUGGCCUUAGGGACGGUUACAGGGGCAUAUUGGGCGGGUGAGGGGGUUGCGAAGAGGAUUGCUAGGGCCUAUGGACUUGGAAGUGGUGGUGAGGGUGGAACGGGUAAGGCGGAGAGAGAAGAGGCCGAGGCGGCUUAA